AUGCCGUAUCACCCAUCCCUACCACUCAGCCCUGAGCUAGCCACUCACUGCAAUGCCUUUAUCGAGGAAAAGCUUUAUACCCAAGCUCUCAAUCUCUUGUUGAGCACUGUCCAGUCCGGGAUCAUUAUUCCCACGUCACCGAUAAUAACCCCUCCACCGUCAUAUCUAGCUCUCGCCGCUACUAUUCUCGUGCAUCCGUCUACUACAGCACAUGCCUUACCGCUGUCAGAUAACGAGGCGGCCUCUGCUGCUUUGCGACUUCUCCGGCUCGUUCAUGCUGUGGUUGGACCUCGCGCUGCCCAGUUUAGUCUGGCCUUUUCAUUUCCCAUUUCGAAGCCUCCCGUCAAGAUAGCCGUGAAUGACUCAAGCCCUUGGACCAAGCCGCUUGGUGUUGAUCUAUGUGGGUCCGCCUCCGUAUGGUCUCGCGCCGAGGACUUCUGGCACGCUGUGGGCUGGGCGUUUAACUGCUCACUCCUCCACCCGGAACGAUGGGAGCGGUGGCUGCUCUGGAUCGAGCUUAUGUGCGAUGCCCUAGACAAUGACUGGAUGCAGUGUACACUUGAAUUCGCAGAAGCAGAGCAAUCUCGUGAAAAACUCCGUGAGGUUCCAAAUACACCAGGCACAGGGCUACACGGAAAGAAGGUCAACAAAAGGAACGAGACUUUUUCUAACAGCAUUAUUUUUCGGUAUAUCUCGACCACAGCUGCUCGAGCGAAUAUCCGCAGGAUUCUCAGGGCCAUAUUUGCCGAUGGUAGCGAAGCUUCUGUUCGCGAAUUUCGGGAGGUCUUUCAUCAGGAGUCAAGACGAAUUGGACAUUGCUCAGGCUCUCGGAAGAGGGAGUAUAGGGUCAACCUGGACCAGAGUGGGUUCUAUGACUCCGUACCGGAAAGGGGCAUGCGGGAACCUAGCGAUGCGGCCGAUCCUGGACACCUACGUUUCCCUAAGCGUGCUAAACUUAGGAUGGUUGGUUCUGAUUCCUCGUGUGAGGCCACAGAUGAACGAAUGGCUAGCUUGAAUCAUCAUAGCGACCUCGCUGUCCUAGGAGGUCAUAAAUCCAUCAGCCUGCGUCUACGUCUCCUGGGGGUUUUAUUCAUGGUCUCGGAGCAGCUUUCUCAAGAAUUCAUCCCUCUUGAGGAACUUGACUACCAUUUUGUCGAGAGGGUCCUCCACCUUCCAUUCCUGAUUUUCCAAGCGUUUAUCAACCUGAGGGAGUAUCCAAAAUUCUCUCCCAUGGCCCGUAUCAGCCUCUACAAGGUUUUUCUAUACCAACUUCGGGAAAGCAGGGCCCCCGAUCCAGAGAAUGGCGAGGAAGGACACCUUCCCCAGGCUGACAUAGAGAGAUGUUUUCUUCCAUUUGCAGCAGCCACUGCAGAUGUCGUUGACAACGCAAAGAUGUCUAUUCUCCUCGAGUCUUUGAUGCUUCUUCUAGCCGGCCAGGAUAUGCUUACGAGCACCCCACCGCUUAAAGAGGCUGUCCAGGCAGGAAUCAUCGCUCGAGAGAAGAAAACGCAGAACCAAGCUGACCGAGCCCAUGAAGAUCUGCACUCGGUCGGGCAGUGUUGGCUUCGAGAAAGUGGCACAAAACUCUUGUUGAUUGUCGAUUUGCUUUAG